AUGGAUUUCCUGUCGAAGCAUACGACUUGCCUGUCUAACCUGGAGCUUAACCUUGCUCCCGGAUGGCAGACCGUCAGCGCAUAUUUCCUUCUUGCAGCAGGAAGCUUGUUUGUCGCCUCUAGGGCAUUGACCUUUGUUAGAGUCCUUGCCAGCCUGUUUGUUCUUCCUGGAAAAUCGCUUCGCUCUUUCGGCCCCAAGGGUAGCUGGGCCGUUGUCACAGGUGCCUCCGAUGGAUUGGGCAAGGAAUUCUCACUUCAACUUGCUCGUGCUGGUUUCAACAUCGUCCUCGUCUCCCGUACUGCCUCGAAGCUGACUGCAUUGUCCGAGGAGAUCACCUCCAAGUACGCCUCCGUUCAGACCAAAACCCUGGCUAUGGACUUUGCUCGCAACGAAGAUAGCGACUAUGAGAAGCUGAAGACCCUAGUGGAUGAGCUAGACGUAGCCAUUCUAGUAAACAAUGUUGGAAAGAGCCAUGACAUCCCCACUCCGUUUGCAUUGACUUCUCAGGAGGAGAUGACGGACAUCAUAACUAUCAAUUGCAUGGGAACCCUGCGUGCUACUCAGUUGAUUGUGCCAGGCAUGAUGCAGCGCAAGCGUGGGUUGAUCCUGACAAUGGGAUCGUUUGGUGGCCUUCUCCCAACUCCUCUUCUUGCCACUUACUCUGGUAGCAAGGCCUUCCUGCAGCAGUGGUCGACGGCUCUCGGCUCGGAACUGGAGCAGCACGGUAUCACCGUUGAGCUCGUACAGGCAUAUCUCAUCACUUCUGCUAUGUCAAAGAUUCGCCGGGCCAGUGCUACGAUCCCCGAUCCCCGGUCGUUCGUCAAGUCGGUGUUGUCCAAGAUUGGCCGCAAUGGCGGAUCUCCAUUCUAUGCUUACAGCUCAUCGCCCUACUGGAGCCAUGGAUUGAUGGCCUACUUCUUGACCUGUAUCGCCGGAACCAUGGGGAAGUUCGUUACUUCUCAGAACCGGGGAAUGCACGAGUCCAUUCGGAAGCGAGCUUUGCGCAAGGCCGAGCGCGAAAAGGCGAAGAAGAGCACUUAA